AUGCAUGUCGGCAACGACGCAUCAAGGUCAGCGUCUAAUUACCCAGAGUUUAAAUGGUUCAGCCUUACUGAAUCCGAUACUCAGUGCAAAAGGAAAAAAGUACAUUGUCCAGGCUAUAGAGAUGAAACCAGCACAUCAUUUCGCAUCGAAACACCCUUGACCAUAGCAACGCAUGUGAAGAAAUCGAACCGUCGCAAACCAGAAAAUAAAGAAUCCCCGACAUCUCCUCACGAAAGCGAGAUUAUGCAAGAGCUUUCGCUGCUGCAGGUUGAUCCGGCCCGGUUAUUUGUCUCACAGGAGUUUUUUCAACGGAUCCGCAAGUUUCUAUGCAAUCAUGUCAAUACGGAUUUUCGGCACCACCCCUUUUUGCAAACCGCCGUCGCAGUAUCGGUCGUUCAUGCACCCUUGAUGAGCAGCAAAAUCCUGAAUGCCUCGCUGUGGGAUGAUGUGAAUGGUCCAUCGGGACAGAUUACUCGCAUAACACAAUGCCAGCGCCAGAUCACGAUGAGUCUACUCGCAGAGUCCUUAUCAAACGGGAAUGAAAGCUUGAGUGAUUCCACUAUUGCUACCCUGGAGGGACUAAUUAUAUACGAGCUUAUUGAUGGUAAUCUCGACUUCCUUCAAAAAUAUAUGGAACAGCUGGAAGAAAUGAUCUACCAAAGAGGCGGCCUCGAUGCUUUGGGUUUCGAUGGGCAUAUGAAGAAUACUGUGUUGGUUAUCUGGGAACUACAAAGAGUCAUCCAAGCCUUGGCAGGGUUUGGGUCUGUAAUCGAGCCAACACCGGCUAUCGCAGAAGUGGUUUGUCAACCAUUAAACCUCAGACUCUUCACUUUCCAAAACGAGAUGAAUAUGGCACCGGAAAUGAGUCUUCUUUUGGGGAAUUUCUUCGGGAUCAUUACCCUUCCCAUUCACUAUGAAGUCAACCCUCAGGCUCGACAGCACUUUGACCAUCAAUGGGGUUUACUACAUGCAUACUUUUUGACCUUGAAAAAUAACAACAAUUUGAACAACUAUCCCGACCCGCGGGCCCCAGUGAUCAUCGAAGCAGCACUACUAUUCGCCACAUACACAGAUCGAAAAUUUGUAUUAGAUGAAAAAUCAUACCCGGCGUUCCAAGAACUCCUCCGUAAAACAGAUAUUAGCAAGCUCUGGUGCGGACUUCCCGGCGCCUUGGUCUGGUGUCUGGUUAUCGGCGUCCGGUGCUCUGCUUCUAACACCUGGCUCAGGAGAUGGCUGUUGGUGCAACUGACUCAGGUUGCAUGGCCGCUUGCUAUCGAUACGCCGGAUGACGUAUUAACCAGUUUUCGGCUGGUUCUGAAGGGAUUAGAUGCGCGGGGGCCAUCUUCAUCUUAUAUGGGCGAGAGUAGAUUUAUUGAGAUUUAG